GUGUUGGCCUACCAUAUGUAUGUAAACUAGCCUAAGUGAUGGCCAAGGGAAACUACUCUUAAAUUCUCCUUCAUAAUGGCCGCAGAUUUAAAAACAAAACAUAGGCCUAGCAAGCAAACUUUAUUGUCCACUUAAGUUUCCUCUUGUAAAGAUGGACGAAGUGUUUCAGAAAUUCACCAGCCGUUUCCACCACCAUCUGAGAGAGCAAAGAAAUGAUGCCAUGAGCCUGACCACCUUGGACACUGCUAGCACAGAGAUAGCAACCAUUGGCUCCAACAUAAGGCUCAGUGAGAGCCUAGGGGCCCUCAAUUUGUCCUUAUAUCAGUGUUCUCGAGAUGGUGAUGAAAAAAACAUGAAGAUCUUGUUGCGUAGCUUGGGACCCUUGGCUAGAAAAAAAAUCAAUCUGUUUGACGAAGACAAUCUGACACCCUUACAUUAUGCUGCACGCUACAAUCAUCUAAAUGUUGUCAAAAUUUUGGUGGAACACGGGGCAGAUAUCCAAGCUUUAGGAGAGGAUAAUAUCACACCACUGCAUCAUGCUGCAAGGUACCGCCGUGAAAAAUUGACCAGGAAAAAAGUUUUUCCUUGUGGGGAGGUCCCCCCCAGUCCUGACACAGAAGUGGCACCUGACCAGGAAGAAGUGCGACAAAUGGAGGAGAACCGUGUCAGAAAGUACAGAAAGUUGCCACAGAAUGAAAAUCUUUUAAAGGUGAGUACACAUGGCAGCGACUCAGAGGGCAGCAUCGUGCGCUAUCUGGUGGAUAAGGGAGCUAACAUUAAUGCCACUGAUGUCUACGGGCAGACACCGCUACACUUUGCUGCCAUGAGAGGCAACGACGUGGCGUGUAGCCACUUCCUCUUCUACAGGACUAAAAUUAACAUCGAGGCCUGUGAUAACCAGGGGAUGACGCCCCUGCACACUGCAGCACUCCACAAACACCUGGACAUUGCUCGCAUGUUGAUUGAUGCUGGUGCUCAUUUGAUGUGUCGAGACAAAGAACAGUCAACACCACUCCACCAUGCAGCGGCGGAGGGCAACAUCGACCUCGUCAGGUUGUUGUUGGAGGCUGGAGCUAAGUCACCAGAAGGGUGGAUCACUGUCACAGAGAUGGUGAACGCUACAGACAUUGAAAUGAACACACCUCUACAUGUAGCAGUUGAACAUUGUCAUUAUGAUGUUGUUAAAUUACUUUUAGAAAAGCGUGCUGACGUAAACAAACAGCGUAAACAUUUUAUGUAUCCCUUGCAUCUGGCCGCUCAGUCAGGCAAUGUGGGGGUUGUUGAGUUGCUCAUACAAUACAACGCACGUAUUGAUGUGCUCAAUGAUGACCAGGCCACGGCUCUACACAGAGCAGCUGCACUCAAUCAUGUUGGUGUGGUGACCUUAUUGGUGGAGAAGGGUGCUCGUAUAAAUCGUCGUGACAAGAACAACUACACCCCGUUGCUGCUGGCUGCCUGCUAUGGUAAUGUGGAGACUGUCUCACACCUGCUGGACAAAGGAGCUGACUACACGGCUGUUGACAAGUAUGAUAAAACUGCCAUCUUUUUGGCUGCUCAGGAGAAUCACCUCAAUGUUUUGGCGCAACUUUUGUCAGAUGGUAGGGUCAAGAGGUUGAUCAAUGACAGUGACUGUUAUGAUAACGACCCGCUCCAUGUGGCAGCACAAAAAGGCUAUUUGGAGGUCGUACAGUGUCUGUUGAAGCAUGGUGCAGACCUGGACAGCAAGAAUGAGGAGGAGCUGACACCCCUACAUCUGGCUGCCAAGUAUGGGAGGACCAAUAUAGUGAGAGAGCUAAUCAAGCAUGACAAGACUAUAGUCAAUGAUGAGGAUGAAAACUCCAACACAGCCCUGCAUGUAGCUGCACGCUAUGGCCAUCAUAAGGUCGCUCAAAUUCUCUUAAACUUUGGAGCUGAUGUAUCUGCAAGGAACUUCAACAGAUGGACGCCUCUAGACCUAGCUGCUUCCAAAGGUUGGACCAAAACUUGUCUGAUUCUCUUAAAGGAAGAUGCAGCGCUGGAACCCACUGAUAAGAAUAAGACCACACCCCUACAUCUGGCUUCAAGCUUUGGCCACGCUCGCGUUAUACAGCUGCUGAUUGAUUGGGGAGCUGAUGUGUCACUCAAGGACGAUGAGGGCAGGAACUGUCUGGACAGAGCUAUAGAGAACAAUCACAUCUCAUCCUUGUGUUACAGUUUAGUGGCUAAAGUCAUCAUCAACUCAUCCUUGUGGAGAGAAGCUUUGAGGAAUGCAACAAAAGACAGAGUGACUGGUGUUGUGGAGACACCAGUCAGGAAGCUUAUCAAGCACAUGCCAGAAAUAGCCUUAAGAGUGUUUGACCGCUGUCUGAGCUAUGGCACUGAGAAGAACUCUGAGCGGUUGGGCUUUGAGAUCACAUUUGACUACGAGUUCCUGGACGAUGUGUUUGCCCCUUGGAUUUAUCACACUCUCAACCCUAAAGAGAAGUGCACUCAGGAUCAACUCUCCUCUAAUGGCAGCUACUAUGAUGAAGAUGAUGGCAAACUUGCCCCAGAUGCUCAGCCCUACAGUAUGGACACGAAUCUCUUAAAAACAAAUCAUCCACUUUACAUCAUGAUCUUGUCCAAGAGAGAGAAUUUACUGGCCCACCCACUAGUCACCUCCCUGCUCCAGCACAAGUGGAACACAUUUGGCAGUUUCUUCUACUACCUCUCUUUCUUUGUCUAUGUCAUCUUUCUUAUCUUCCUCACUGGAUACAUGGUCAGCACUCAACCACCCUAUAAUUACACAGCAGAAGACCAACGCCUUAUCAUGGAUAACCAGUGCAACAGCCUGUCACUCCAGCAUGAGCAGCCAUUGUUUGCAAGUGUCGGCACCUAUGUUGUAAUGGCUUUAGCAGGAUUCAACAUGUUGAAAGAGCUGCUUCAGAUCUACCAAGCCAAACUGAACUACUUGGGUUGGAUCAACUUAAUCGAGUGGACAGUCUACCUGACAGCUCUUCUCCUGGUCGUCAGCUUCAACGACUGUCAGCGCCAGACAGGCUACAGAUAUGAAUGGCAGUGGCAUAUGGGUGCCGUGACACUGUUCCUAGCCUGGUUUGACCUGGUCCUGUUCAUCCAAAAGUUUCCCCAGUUUGGGAUCUAUGUGGUCAUGUUCACCGAUGUACUCCACACGUUUUCUCAGUUCUUCAUUGUUUUUUUUCUCUUCAUCCUGGCCUUUGCCCUGGCCUUUUUUACAGUCCUACAAAAUCAGGUACCUUUUGAAACAGUGCCCAAAGCUCUAGUGAAGACAUCGGUCAUGUUGAUUGGAGAGUUUGAGUUCGAUGGGAUCUUCAAUGAAAAGCAUGACCCCCUGAUCUACCCUGCUGCCUCCUACAUCAUCUUCGUCUUCUUCCUCAUUAUCAUGAGCAUUCUCAUCAUGAACUUGUUGGUUGGGCUAGCUGUGGAUGAUAUUAAAGCUGUCCAGGAGCAGGCUGCCCUCAAGCGUAUGGCCAUGCAGGUGGAACUUGCCCUAGAUGUAGAGCGAGUUCUUCCUGAUUUCAUUAAAAGAAGAGCAUUUACUCGCAAGAAGACCAUCCGACCAAACAGGACCUAUUCCAACCCACUAGUCUCAGCCAUGACUGGCUCCCACCUCAGCCCACAAGCCUUGCAGAAAGCCCUGAACCCAGAAUUAAGUGACAUUGAAAAAGUUCGGAGCAACCAAGAGAAAGUAUCUUCAGAAUUGCGUAAGAUGAAGCGGUCAGUGAAAGGCAUGAAAGAACAUGGGCAAAAGCUGGAGUCAAUGCUAAAAGCUCUGAUCAAAGCCCAGAACAUCGAGUGGCUAGAGGAAGAUUAUCAGAUAGAGGAGGACAUUCAGCUGUCUGAUGAUGAUGGCAUGCUCUAGCUCAUCUUUUGUCAACUCUGACAUAUUUAAGUCAAAACUCAAGUCAUGUCUAAACUCAUGUCAUUCAUUCAUUUAACAAAAAAUGAAGCAUACCGAAAACACAAUUACUGAUUGAAUACUUUUUAUUUCAUUGGAUAUGGCCAAGCAAUUUGUCAUAUAAUAUUUAUGCGUCAUGUCACUAUCUAAUAUAAUUGUUUGUACAAUAUUCUAUGA